AGCCCGAUUGCGGCAACUAUCCACACCGACUCCGCUGGCAACCAAUUUUAUCUGCCACCUCUCACACCACCUUUAUCUCCCUAUCGCCCAUCACUCUGCACUUUGUUGCUCCUUGCUCGACACGCCGCGGGGGUCCAGACUGGCGGUUCUGUCUCUCCCUGCUCUGCCUGUUUCCUCCAUAUAACAUCUGCCGCUCUCACCCGCUCUUCGACUCGGCACCGCAUGCGGCAUCACCGUCACCGACCUUGAUUUUUGACCAUCAUUGUCAACCCCUCUCCGCUGUCUUGCCUUUUGGACUGACCGAGCUGGACUCUAUCUCCCCGGAUGCAAAGAACGGUGGUGACCGUCAACAGCAAUGGCCGCCAGUCGGCGAGCUUCAUUCGAGUUGCAUCAGCAAUUGGGUGGAAUGUGCGAGCACAAAUGCGAGACUUGAAUGGACUCGUCGCCCAGGAGCUCUCGGAUCUGCCUAAUGUCACUGUCUUUAUUGGACACCUUGAGGAUCCCAAAUUCCUGGACAACUUGUUCAAAGGUGCGCAGUGUGCCUUCAUCAAUACGACGCAUUGGGGAGAUGAGGUUUCGAUUGGCCGAGCACUAGCCGAUGCGGCAAAGAAGGCUGGCGUCCAGCACUACAUCUAUUCGAGCAUGCCCGACCAUUCAGUAUUCGGAAACGAUUGGAGAGCACUCCCUCUUUGGUCGCCCAAGUUCACCGUCGAGCAGUAUAUUCGCCAAAUUGGUCUUCCGGCAACUUUCGUCUACUGUGGCAUAUACCACAACAACUUCACUGGUCUUGACUUCCCGCUAUUCCGCAUGGAACACAGGCCCGACGGCAGUUUCCUCUGGCAAGCUCCUUUCCACCCAGACCAGCCUCUUCCUUGGUUGGAUUCAGAACAUGACAUUGGACCGGCUGUCUUCCAGCUAUUCAAAGAGGGUCCGCGGAAGUGUGGCGGGAAACGCAUUCCACUCGCCUUCUCCGUCAUGUCUCCAAAGCAGGUCUGCAAGGCCUUCAGUCGUGGCCUCCAGAAACCUGUUCAAUACAAGCAUGGCCCGAUCGUCAUCACUGUGCCCACUCCCGUUGGCUACCGUGAGCACCUGUCCGCUCUCGAGGAGACGCUCGCUGAGAAACGCGCCCCGUACUUUGGCCCCGACCUCGAAAAAGAAUGCCCUGACGCCGCACUUGAGCUUUGGGAAGGCUACCGCGAUAUGGAAGAGUAUGCGCGGGAAGUAUUCCCCGUUGAGGAGGCUGCGAAUGGCCUGACCUGGAUGGAGGAGGUAGAGACACCACAGCGCGAGAUCGAACUUGACUUCCAGGUCAACUGCUAACUGCUCCGGUUUCUAUCACAGGGUGAAUUUCUUAAGCAUUACAAUGGCGUCGUCGGCCUUACGGAGCAACUACAACAAGCUAGACUAUAACAUCCAACAUCUAUUCAGAUUGGCGUCGGU